UGGUUCCCCCGGCGUCACGUCCCUUUCAAGAUGGUGGAGGCGAUGGCGGUGGAGUCGGUCGGGCGGACACUGGUGGACGUGUCGAGGCCGCUGAAGGAGCGCUUUCGGGCGCUGUUCACCCUCCGGAACCUGGGCGGGCCGCUCGCCAUCGAGUGGAUCUCCAGGGGCUUCGGGGACGAGUCGGCGCUGCUGAAGCACGAACUGGCCUAUUGCCUGGGCCAGAUGCAGGACCCGCGCGCCAUCCCCGUCCUGACCCGGGUGCUGCAGGAUCUCAGCCAGGAGCCCAUGGUCAGGCACGAAGCAGGUGAGGCAUUGGGAGCUAUUGGAAAACCAGAGGUCCUUGAAAUAUUGAGCUAUUACUCCCAUGAUGCAGCAAUAGAGGUUGCUGAAACUUGUCAGCUGGCAGUUAAACGAAUUGAAUGGCUUCAGAAUAACAAAGGCCAGAGUGAAAGCCAAUACUGUUCAAUUGAUCCUGCUCCCCCAGCUCUGGAGAAAGAUAUUAAGAAGUUGAGGGAAACUCUGCUGGAUGAAUCCUUGCCCUUGUUCGACAGAUACAGAGCGAUGUUUGCCCUGCGGAAUAUUGGAAGUAAAGAAGCAGUCUUGGCCUUAGGAGAUGGUUUGCAGUGUAGCAGUGCUUUGUUUCGACACGAAAUUGGCUAUGUCUUUGGCCAGAUGCAGCAUGAUGCCAGUGUUCCGCAACUUAUAACAGCAUUGAAAAAAGUAGAUGAAAGUCCCAUGGUCCGUCAUGAGUGUGCAGAAGCUUUAGGAUCCAUUGCCAAAGAGCCAUGUGUGGAAGUAUUAAAAGAAUAUCUCCAUGAUGGGGAACGUGUUGUGAAGGAAAGCUGUGAGGUGGCACUGGACAUGCUUGAGUAUGAAAACAGUCCGGAGUUUCAGUAUGCUGAUGCAUUGAUUAAAUUGCAAAAAACUGAGUCUGAGAAUUUAACUUUACCUUAAUGGAACUUACCUUAAACUGCUGACAGAUUGUUGGGACUUGACGUAAUGAACACACUAUUCCCAGAGGUUGUAACUUGCUUCACUACCCGAGUUGUGUAUUUUCUGAUGCCAUUCUUUCUAUGUUGUUUAAUUCUAAAUAACGUUGUAGAAACUAUAAUGAAAUACAUCAAGUUUUAUUUGUUUUGUGUCUAACAAAUUUUAAUAAAUCAAAAUGCUUAUACCAUAUAAAAUGUUUAGUUCCAGGUUAGUCUUUUAAAACUUCACUUUGGAUCUUAUUUAGGUAUUGUUACCUGCUAACAUUAGACCAUAUGUAAGGGGUUCAAAAUCCUACAUGUGCCAAGCAGUAUUGUGUAAGCUGACAGUCUUAACACCAGACUUGUCAGGUGUUAUUUGGUGGGAGCAGUCCUUUGGUUUAAAAAUGUAUUAAAAGGGAUUUCAAAUCUUAACAAAAUGCUGGAAAUACUCAGCAGAUCAGAUCAGGCAGCUGCUGAGUAUUUUCAGCAUUUCCAUUUCAGAUUUAUGACAUCCACAGUAUCUUACUUUUGGAUUUGAAAUCUUUCACUCUAUCUGAUUGAGGAAAUAUUACAAAUUUUUACAUGAUGUUGACAGCUCUGUAACAGAUCUAAAAACUGCUUGGGUUAUCGGUCAGUUUGUCUAAUAUGGCAUCCUGAACAGAGAGGAUCCAAGAAAAUAAAUCAGUAACCUUG